UCAAGUAGGAGGAGCAGUACAAAGCCAACCAUUUAGGAACCAUAUGGUUAAACACAUUACCUGCAGCAGUCAUUCUCUCAGUCUAUUGUAUUAGUUUGAUAUCAUCGGUUUGCAACCAUGCCGAACGCCUCAGAGCAGCGCCCAUACUUGGUUCUGGAGAACUACAUUGGAGGGAAGUUCACCCCUAGUCGGAGCCACAUCGACUCCUACGACCCGUCCAUUGGAGAGGUCUACUGCAGAGUGCCUGACAGCGGCGAGGAGGAGGUGGAGGCAGCGGUGGCGGCAGCUAAAGAAGCCUUCCCCAACUGGUCCGCCCGCAGCCCAGAGCAGCGAGCACAGGUCCUCAACAAGCUGGCCGACCUGUUGGAAGCCCACCUAGAGGAGUUGGCCCAAGCUGAGUCCAGAGACCAAGGUAAAACCGUAACAUUUGCACGGACUGUGGACAUUCCUCGAUCAGUGUACAACUUCCGUUUCUUUGCGUCAUCGUUGCUCCACCACACCACCGACUGCAGCCAGAUGGACCACAUGGGCUGCCUGAACUACACUGUCCGCUGCCCCGUGGGAGUGGCUGGUCUGAUCAGCCCCUGGAAUCUCCCCCUGUACCUGCUGACAUGGAAGAUUGCACCUGCAAUCGCUACAGGCAACACAGUGGUGGCAAAACCCAGCGAGAUGACCUCCGUGACUGCCUGGAUGAUGUGCAAGUUGAUGCAGCAGGCUGGUGUUCCUCCAGGAGUAGUCAACAUCGUAUUUGGCACUGGGCCGAAAGCAGGCGACGCCCUCGUCGGCCAUCCUGACGUCCCAUUGGUUUCCUUCACUGGUUCCACGGCAACUGCUCAGCGCAUCACAGAGCGGAGCGCCCCUUACUGUAAGAAGCUCUCACUGGAGCUAGGAGGUAAAAACCCUGCCAUUAUUUUUGCUGAUGCAAACCUGGACCAGUGCAUCGAGACCACCGUCCGCUCCAGCUUCUCCAAUCAAGGGGAGAUCUGCUUGUGCACCAGCAGGAUUUAUGUGGAGAGGAGCAUUUACUCUGAGUUUCUGGAAAGGUUUGUGGCUGCAGCUAAGAAGUGGAAGACAGGUGUGCCCUCUGACCCCAGCAAUAACAACGGGGCGCUUAUCAGCAAAGAGCACCUGGAGAAGGUUCGAAGCUUUGUUGCACUCGCCAAAUCUGAAGGGGGCAUCGUCCACUGUGGCGAGGGAGUUGACCAGCUGGAACUCCCUGAGCGCAACGCCAAGGGCUAUUUUAUGCCAGCCACCGUCAUCUCAGGCAUAUCUGACAGCUCCCGCGUCAUGCAGGAGGAGAUCUUUGGCCCUGUCACCUGCGUCAGCCCGUUCGACACAGAGGAUGAGGCCAUUUCCAAGGGCAAUGGCGUGCGUUACGGUCUGGGGGCCACGGUGUGGUCCCGGGACGUUGGGAAGGUUCACCGGGUGGCCAGGCGGAUACAGGCAGGUAUGGUGUGGACCAACUGCUGGCUGGUGAGAGAUCUGAACCUGCCCUUUGGAGGGAUGAAGAAUUCUGGCGUGGGGAGGGAGGGAGGGAAGGAUUCCUACCACUUCUUCACUGAGGUGAAGACCAUCACGAUCAAACACUGAGGGAGGAGGGAAAGAUAUGGAUUGGAGAAGCGUGGAUACAGUUAUGUAGUUAAUCUUGACAUUCAUCAGCCUCUGUCAGCAACUCUUAGGAAUUUCAAUGAUAAGUUUCUGCUCCCACCCUUUCGGAUUAUUGGAGCCCGUAGUUACGUCACAUUUAUGAAAUACAAAGAGUGGAACAAUACAGAUGAUUAUACAAGUAGAAAUGCAAUGGAAAUGUCAAGUAAAGAGGAAAUCUAUCACAGUGCAAAACAAUGUAAUAUGCAUACAUACUUAUUAGUACAAUCUUUUUACAAUAUUGAAAUGCAUUAAGUAGUGUGUGUUAUGGCUUCAAGUUUGAAGAAGUGCAGACCGUAGAAGGUUAAACCAGAUAAAGCAGGACAUUAUUUAUUGGCCCAUUUCAAAAGUAGAAGUCAAGAGGACGAAUUAUGAAGUUAGCUUAAUCCUAAACAUUCUUUUUAAAGUUUUGCAGGUUUGUGUCCUGCAUGACGGUUCAGCAAGCAAUGUUGACAAGAAGGCAUGCAACCACUGAUAAUUCAAACAGAAAAGUGGAAAGGUUAGUAAAGUAGAGCUAGUAGAGUAUGUGCCUCAGGCUGACCAAAUCCAAAAAGCAAAUCAUUCUCCACUGGUACUUCUUCAGCUGUUUUUUUUUUUUUUUAAUUAACACACACAUUAUAUACACAUUAUAUAAACGCUACAUGUAGGUCAAUGUGUUUUUAUGGGCACUUUAAAACCUCAUUGUUGUCUGUGGAAUGCCGUAAAUCUUCAUUGUAUCUCUGACACUAUGUCAGCAGAAGAUAGAUGUCAGAUUCUGGGUCUAAACCAAGUAAACAGGUCUGCUGACAGAUUUGGUUUUAAUUUGAAAAGUCUCAUAUCGUUAUCAGCAGGUGUUAUCCGUUACAUCUGAUCACCUGGUCAAAGUCUGAUCUGUUAAAGAAUGUUUUACAUCAUGCAAUGUGAAUAAAUGACAAACCGUCUCGUGUGGUAGUGUGACAACAUGUUUGCAGAGAGGAAUAGGAAUGUCAGCAAGUCAGCUGAGUGAACUGCCUGACUGAAGUUAGCAUGCUAACAUUUGCUAAUUAGCACUAAACACGUAGUACAGCUGAGGCUGAUGGUAAUGUCAUUAGUUUAUCAGGUAUUUCAUAAAACAGAGUAUCGGACAAUUUCAAAUUGUGACCUGAAGGUUUUACCAGAUGAAAAGUCACCACAGUUAUUAAAACUUAUUGUGAAGGAGACAAUGAAAUGUAAUGGCUAU